UUUUGAAUAUUGCUAAAUGUGUACGCCGGUAUUAAGAGUUUUAUUCUGUAAUUUUUAGUAAUUUUGUGCCGUCGAGAACUGUAUAAGAAAAUGGAGAUUUUUGAUCGGAAUUUUAUGAAUUUAUUUAAUAUUAUAUCUAGAGUGUGUCUUUUGUACGUAAUGGAAGUUAUUUGUAAAUCGAAAUAUUGUUUCUACGUGGACGGCUGGAAUUUAGCAUCUAAACUUUUGCUUGUGCUUGCAGCUGUAUGUACAGGGAGAAAAUUGAACUUGGAAAGUUUCUUCAAUUUUGAAGCUUCUACAUAUUUUAUUUUACACAUAAUAGAUAAUUUUAAGAGGUUUUUGGAUGCUGUUAAGGAAUUUUGUGUGCCACAGACUGAAGAUGAACAAAUUUCUAAAUAAGGGAUGUUUUUGGUUUUCAUCAUGGCAAUACAGCCGGUGCAGCAUCUUUUGUCAGUAUACCUUUGGAUUGCUGCUGCUGGUAUUACAAUAUGGUCUUACAUCUUAAAUGAAGAAUAUGCUAAAUUUUGCCUUGAGCUGCUGAGAGAAAAUUCAAGCUUGCAAAAUGAGAUGUUUAUUUUUAAUAGAAAGGCUCUUCAGAUUUUUUUUUUCAAUUAUGUGUCACAGACAUUUUUAGCUAUAGGAUUUUGUUUUUCAGCUAGGAAUUUACCAAAUUUUCCUCCAAGGCAGUUUUUUGUUGGUGUGUUAUUUAUAGUCCCAACAUUAAUAAAUGCAGUAUUACCUCAUGAAGAACUAAUAAAUAUGUUACCAAUUGUGAUUGCUAUAGUAACAUUUUCAGAUUUAUCAUCAUAUGCAGUGAGAUAUCUCACUAGAAUACCUAAUUUUUUAUGGAUGUAUAUAACUUCACGGAGUCUUUCUUCCCAUGCCAGUGAAAUUUUAUAUUCAUUUGAAACGAAUUUAAGAAAUUUUGAAGUAUUUCAAGUAUUACAAGCAUUUGGUGCAAGUCAUCUAGUCAAAGACAUUACCUUUCUAGUGUAUGAUAAUAUUUUCACUGACUAUUAUGAACAUGGAAUUUUAUCAUUCAGUACAAAUCAACUUCUAUAUAUUUUUAAACAUCUUGUCAUCAAGAGCUGUGAUAAUAUAAUAGCAGCUUGUGGAACUGUAUCUUUUCUGACUUUACUUGUGGACAGCUUAGUUUAUAAGCCAGUUUUAAAAUUUAUUAUUGUGCCUCAAUAUGAAAAUAGCAUAUCACGUAAGCUUUUGAUAUUGUUUAUAAUGUUGAGCAUACAAUUAGGUAUUACAAAUUUGGAAUCGGAGCUACGUUUCAGUUCGGUAGCACAUGUGAGUUUGAUGAUGGUUUUAUUUGCCUUGAAUGAAAUUCGUGAAAAAAUAUGUGAUCUAUUGCAGUCUUUGAGUGUAAUGGGAAAUUCAUCUUAUAGUAGACAUGUAAGGGUAUUAAUUUCUACUUUCAUUAUUAUCUUAAUUUGCUUGUCAGGGUUAAUAUACAUGUUUCAAAAAUAUGAACAUUAUGUUUUAGUUCAUCCUAUAAUACUUAGUACUGAAAUCAUUGUUUCACUUUUCAUAUCUGUGGUAAUUCAUAUUUUAAAUUUGAUCAAUCUUCAUAGUCAUACAGGAUGGUAUGAAAUUUAUGACUAUAUUUUUUAUCUAGAAAGUACAAAAACUGUACUGAAAAUUAUACUUGCAAAGGUCUUACUUGUGUGUGCAGCUUAUUCACUUUAUGACUCGGGUGGUAUUUUACGCAUGUUAUACAUUUGUGCUCAUUUUUAUCACCAUGUCUGGUGUGUAUUGAUUGAUUUUUGGAAUACUCUGAAAAAAAGACGUACUAUUUCUCGCUGUGUUACUUCUCUUCCAAAGGCAUCUGAAGAGGAAAUAGUUUUUAUGGGUGGUGUAUGUGCCAUAUGUUAUGAUGAUCUUAGAAAGGUGGUUUCUCAUAUUACUAGGUGCAAUCAUUUUUUUCAUGGUUAUUGUUUGAGAAAAUGGUUAGAUGAACGUAAUAUAUGUCCUAUAUGUCAUCGUGUAAUUUUAUUUUUUGAGCAACAAAGUAGGAGUAGUAUACAACGUGCAUUUCAUAUGCAUGAGGAUUAAGCACACUGCUGUUUUUUAAAAUAAAAAAUUCAUAUUUACAUCAGUUAUUUCUUAAAUGAACAAUUUUGUGACAAAUAUAGUAUUCAGUAAUUUUUCUCUUUGAAUUUUUUUGCAGAUAACUCAGUUUUCAUAAAGUAAUUUAAAUGAAAAAGCUUUUAAGUUAGUGCAUUUGAAAAAUACUUAAAUCACAGAUAAGGAAUUUGUCAUCCUUUGGUGAUACAUAGUGUGUUGAAAAAUGAUAUUGCAGUUUCUUUAUUGAUUUUAUAUCAGUAAAUUUAAAGAGCCCAUAAAUUAUUUACUUCUCUAAUCAUCAUUUCUUGAAAAUGAAAAAGCAGUUAUUAAAAUCUUUAAUUUUUUUUACUUAAAUUUGCAAAGAUUAUGCUCUUAAGAUCAUCAUUAUUAACAUUUGACUGGAUGUCCUGUUCAGCUUAAUUUCAACAUCCUGAAUACAAACUCGUGAAAUAUCAUUAAGAUAAUAAAUAAUCUAUGCAUUGUAAUUAAACUAAUUCAUUUAUUAACUUUUAUAUGAUAGCCUUCCACAUUAUUUUGGUUAGAUAAAAUAUGAGGAAAUGUUUGCAAGAAUCUAAUCUGUAUUUUCUUUUGUAUAAAUUUUCAUAGUAUGAAAUAAUAUGUAGCAUGAAAAUAAUGUACAAAUGUUAGAGAUACAACUGUAAGCUGCAUUAUGAUAUAUGUAUACCUAAAGUAUGUUUGAUGUAAAUUACAGAAAGUUAAAGAGCUAUUUUGAAAGAAAUUUACACGUAUUAAGUAGUUCCGAAAGUAGUAAAAUGUGUUGGCACCAUCAGGUCCUCUUUAUAAAAUUUCAGUCACAUUACGCAUUAACAUUAGAAUAUCAUAACUCAGGCAAAAUAACUUUUUAUAUAACUUUUUUUAAAGAAAUUUUGCAUCGUUUCAAUUUUAAAAUGUGCAGAAUUUCUUUGGAAAAUAUAAUUGUUGUUAAGUAGAUUAAUUGAAUGUGUUUAUACUCACAAUAAAGCUGUAAACAGUUUUACUACUUUUAUAAAUUUUAGUACAUGUAAGGUAGUGUAGAACUGUGUUUGUUUAGAUUAUGAGUAUACUUAUGGUUUGAAUUAAUGAAAUAAAUGAUAUUUUGUGGAUAAAAGACUUACACAAUUUCUAUUUAUUUUGAAGAGAAUGAGUGAUUUAUUAUGUAAGAUAAAAGGCAAUUACUUCUGUUUCAGACCUUGUUUAAUUAAAGAAUAGCUACCAACAAUUCAAAUGCAAUGAAAAUUUAAGUUAGAUUCAAAAUUUAUUUCAGAUUAGAUGUGUACAUUAGAACUUUGAACGCUGGAAUAUUAAAAGUUAUGCUUUCAAAAUUUUCAAGUUUGUUAUUUAUGUGUAUUGUUUUGUUUAAUUUUUUAUGCUUGUUCUUUAUGUGUAUUGUUUAACUUUAAUAUUUUUAUGUUUGUUUUCUAUGAUUUUAGUUUAUUAUAAGCUGUGGACUUUUUAAGUAUAUGUGUUAUACAAUAAUUUACAUUUUUAAGUGUAUGUGUUGCACUGCUCUUAAAUGAAUGCAGUUUAGUCAGAAAAAUUGUUUCAUUUUAAACUGAGAAUUUUUUUAUGUAUAGUACAACUGUGAACACUUAACAUUAAAUACAAGGUGGUUCAAAAUUAUUGAAUGCAUUUCAUGUUUGAAAAAAAAAAAAAAAAAA